CAGGCCUCCACAAAUAGCGAUAGCGAUAGCAAUCGCGUCUUACCACGCAGUGGACGGUCCAAGGUGCUUCAAGAGGCCAUGCCAGCGCUUCACCUGGCAGAUGCGGAGGUAGCAGUAUUGUACUCCCUUCGACAGGGUGUGUUUCUCCAAGGCGAAUCGGGGACGCUGCAGGGCCCUCCAUUGGCAGAACUCAUGAGCUGGCUGGACUACCUGGGGCGCGUCUUUCCAGGCGGUGGACACCGUCCAGUGGCAAAGCUUUCAGAUGCUCUGCAUGAGGCGGUUGCUUCUGCGGACGAUAAGCUAUCUGUGGAGGCUUUUGAAAAGUUGAUGGACAACCGGGGGCUGGAUCGAAUACCUCCUGAGGCAGGUCUAAAGCCCAAUGCUUUCUGGAGGCACUGCCAAGGUUUCACCUGUGGCUUGUGGACUCUCUUCCACCUCCUGAGUCAAGCUGCCAAAAGUACUUCGUCUGAAUCUGCUGGCGAGGAGCUCCUGCUGCGUGUCCGCGGCUUCGUGGAGAACUUCUUUGGCUGUGGCUACUGCCGGGAGCACUUCCUGGAGGCCUUCGACGGCUGCAAGCUGGAGCGUUGCAGUCUGGCGAAGGAUGACCUUGAUGGUGCGGCCCUGUGGCUGUGGAAGAUGCACAAUGAUGUCACCUUGCGGGUAGCCAAAGAAGAUGGUCGUGAGAUCCCCAGCCCUUGGCCCUCCGCCGAGGACUGUGAGGAGUGCUGGAUUUGCCAAGAUUGCUGGAAGAAGGGUUCCAGGAGCGAUGAUGAUUUCAAGCGAGCAGCCAUCUUGGCUUAUCUUCGUCAAGAAUUCUCGAGUCCUGAGUGGCACGAAGAAAGGCACUGGCUGUCAGGUGAUUUUAGUGCGAAUCGUGCCAUGCCAUUGGCAGCGGUUUCCGCUUUGCUUCUCGCUGCAGCAGCGCUGCGGUGUUUGCGGUCUGGGCGAGGCGAGGAUGCGCGAGGUAAAGAUGCCAAAGAUAGCUGAAGCUGCUGCUUUGCCGCCUUGGCCUCGGCCACUGCAAGUUGCGCCCGGCGAAAA